AAAUCUGAGAAUGGAGGCAUCAGGAAGACCUAUUGGGAAACAAGAGGAAGGAGAAGGGAAUUCUCACACACACACAAAGAGGAGCUGUGGGGGGGCACAGAGGAGUCACAGCAUUGUGCGGAGAGAAGCUGCCGAUGACAAGAGCGCACAUCACACUUCCAUGAGGCUGGGAAAUCUAUAGUUGGACCUGCAAUCUGUGCUCAUAUCUCCGGGACGCUCAAAGCUCCAAAGUUUGGAUGGACACAAGCAGCAGCUCAAGCCUCUGGAUAGCUCUUGUGCUCUCAGCGCUCAGCACAGACCCCUGCCGUGCACACUGUGGAACUGACUGCAAAUCCUAUUGCUGUGAUGGAAAUCCUCCAUACUGCUGUUCCUACUAUGCCUACAUCGGAAAUGUGCUCUCGGGCACAGCGAUAGCAGGGAUUGUGUUCGGAAUUGUGUUCAUUAUGGGAGUGAUCGCCGGGAUCGCAAUUUGUAUCUGUAUGUGUAUGAAGAACAGCCGAGGAACCCGUGUAGGAGUUGUCCGAACCACACAUAUCAAUACCAUCAGCUCAUAUUCAGUUUCUCCACCACCGUAUAGUUAUGAAUAUGAGAUGGAGUAUCCUAUGGACCUUCCUCCACCCUACACACCAUCUGCAUCAGUGCCUGUACAAUACCCCGCUCCACCUCCUUACCCCGGGCCACCAGGAAAAUAACAUUCCAACACGGGGCCUUUCCACGCAAUCUUGAUAACAUUUGAAGAUCUCCUACAUUGAGGACCUGUGGAACCAUACGUACCAAGAGGCAACACAGUAAUGAGUCCUGUGCAAUAUAAAAAUGCAAAAGCCUUGUGCCAGCCUUACCUCCUGAAGUGCUUGAAUGCAUAUAUCUCGGACCAGCCGCGAUGUGUAUAGAUCCAGUUAUUAUUGGGUGCCAUCUUAUACAAAAUGUU